ACACUCCGCGCCGGGGGGCGCCCUUCCCGGCUCGCGCCGCUCGUGCCCGCGCACCCGGCCCGCCCCCGCCCCCGCCCGGCCCCGCGCGCUGCGAGCCGCCUCUGGACCCAGGCUCGCGGAGGGCGCCCGGACGCCUGCUUCUGCCCGCCCGCAGCCCGCGCCCCGCCGCCCGCGCCCACCCGCUGCAGGACCCCGCGGAAGUGAGGAGAGAAGGGCGAGCGAGUCGCCCGCGGCGGGGACAGCCUCCUGGAGCAGCGCCGCGCGGAGCCUCCGGACAAUGGGGCCGCGGCGGCUGCUGCUCGUCGCCGCCGGCCUCAGUCUGUGCGGCCCGCUGCUGGCUGCCCGCACCCGGGCCCGCAGGCCAGAGUCCAAAGCAACAAAUGCUACUGUGGAUAUCCGGUCAUUUCUUCUCCGAAAGCCCAGUGACAGAUAUGAACCAUUCCCACUGGGGGAGAACGAGGAGGAAAAUGAAAGUGGGUCAACGGAAGACAGGUUCAUCUCCAACAAUAAAAGCAGUCCUCUUCAGAAACCACCCCCUGUGUUCAUCUCGAAAGAUGCCUCGGGAUAUCUGACCAGCCCCUGGUUGACCCUGUUCGUGCCCUCCGUUUACACGGGCGUGUGCAUAGUGAGUCUUCCGCUAAACAUCAUGGCCGUCGUCGUGUUCAUCUUGAAGAUGAAGGUCAAGAAGCCGGCGGUGGUGUACAUGUUACACCUGGCCGCGGCAGAUGUGCUCUUUGUGUCCGUGCUCCCCUUUAAGAUCAGCUAUUACUUUUCCGGCAGCGAUUGGCAGUUCGGGUCUGAAAUGUGCCGCUUCGUCACUGCCGCGUUUUACUGUAACAUGUAUGCCUCCAUCAUGCUCAUGACAGUCAUAAGCAUUGACCGGUUCCUGGCGGUGGUGUAUCCCAUCCAGUCCCUCUCCUGGCGUACUCUGGGAAGGGCUUCCGUCACGUGUCUGGCCAUCUGGGCUAUGGCCAUCGCAGGGGUGGUGCCCCUGCUCCUCAAGGAGCAGACCACGCAGGUGCCGGGGCUCAACAUAACCACCUGUCACGAUGUGCUCAAUGAAACCCUGCUCGAAGGCUAUUACGCCUAUUACUUCUCAGCCUUCUCUGCCGUCUUCUUCUUUGUGCCGUUGAUCAUUUCCACAGUCUGUUACGUGUCUAUCAUUCGAUGUCUUAGCUCUUCCACAGUUGCCAACCGGAGCAAGAAGUCCCGCGCUUUGUUCUUGUCAGCUGCCGUUUUCUGCGUCUUCAUCGUUUGCUUCGGACCCACGAACAUCCUUCUGAUCGUGCAUUACUCAUUCCUUUCUCACAGUUCCUGGACAGAGGCCGCCUACUUUGCCUACCUCCUCUGUGUCUGUGUCAGCAGCAUAAGCUGUUGCAUCGAUCCCUUGAUUUACUACUAUGCGUCCUCUGAGUGCCAGAGAUACCUCUGCAGUAUCCUGUGCUGCAAAGAAAGCUCCGAUCCCAGCAGUUACAACAGCAGUGGCCAGCUGAUGGCAAGUAAAAUGGACACCUGCUCUAGUAACCUGAAUAAUAAUAGCAUAUACAAAAAGCUGUUAACUUAGGAAAAGGGACUGCUGGUUGGUUAAAAAGAAAAGAUUAAAAAAGUGAAUCGCCUGAGGAUUCUGUUAGUACCUGCCUAAACUGUAUUUACUUCACCUCCUAAAACAACAAUGUAUCAUUUGCACGCCUGCUUCUUAUGAGAGCCAUCAAGUGUAUAUUUUUGUUAAUCACCAGAAAAUAUAACAAGAAUAGAAAACAAUGUUUUUAUUCCAAGGGAGUAUGCCAAUGAUGUGUUAAUAACCGAAUGUCACUUCUUGAUAUAUCUCAGUGACUUAUUCAUACACAUAUAUAUGUAUGCACACACAUGUAUUAUUUGCAGUGCAGUAUAGGAUAGGCACUUGGAAACCCUCUCUUUUUCUCCCUCGGCAAUUACAGAAAUACUCUCCGAAUCUCCGAUUUUACGUGCAAAGUCUAGGUUAGUGACGUUUAGCCCUGAACAUCUGACAGUGUCCAUCAAUAGAGAUUCCAUAAUUUGGACUUACACAGCUUUUGCAAAUAAGUGUAUUUUGAAAUUGUUUGACGGCAAUGUUUAAGUUAUUGAGGGACAAGGCUUAGUAUUAUCUGUGUAUAGAAAAAGUUCUAGUGUUUUAAAACAUAUCAGAGUUUGAUUUCUUAAAAUUAUUGAAACAGAUUUAAAGCCCUAGUUUUGAUAUGGGUAGCAUUUUUGAUGUUUUACACACUGUAAAUGUAAACCAAGACUGAGCAUAAGUGCCACUAGUGACCACAGGCUGGCUUUCAGAGUAGCCCACCCCUGAGAGCUGCAUGUGUCCGCCCUGAUGGAGAACGCCAAGCAGCAGAUACACGGCAGGACCUCGUCAGACCCAGACUGGCCAGAAACCCUGCAGCCGAGCCUCUCGAGAACAGCGAGAUUGGGAC